AACCUAUUUCCAUCUCAUCUCUUAAAUUGCAAUGCGCCACCAAUGGCCAUCCUAAGAUCACUCCGGCAGCUUGCUCGGAAAACCUCCUACACCCGCCCCUUCUUCAUCUCCACCCCCAAUCCGACGUCGUUACGAACCCUAAGAUCCUCCAUCUUCCUCUCUCGCUCUUCAAACCUUCUCUCCCCUUCCAUACCUAACUUCCACGGCCCACUCUUCCUCUCUUAUCCUCCAUGGAAGCUUCUGCAAUUGGCUACACCUUUGUACUUCCAAUCCGACGUCGUUUCGGUCCCUAAACUACGCCCUCUUGACUUUCUUCCAGAACCCAUCAAUUUAGGAACUAGUUUGGAUCAUAACAAGGAUUCGGAGAUAUUUGGAAGCCGUGGUGGUGAUGGAUUGGUGCGGAGUUUUGUUAAUUGGCCUAAUUUUAUUUCCAUGAGUAGAUUGGUUUCUGGUCCGGUUCUUGGAUGGAUGAUCAUGCAAGAUAUGUAUCUUCCUGCAUUUAUUGGGCUUGUUGUAUCUGGGGCAACCGACUGGUUAGAUGGAUACGUUGCUAGAAAAAUGGGAAUCAAUUCUGUGGUGGGUUCGUACCUUGAUCCUCUUGCUGACAAAGUGCUAAUUGGAUGUGUUGCCAUGGCCAUGGUAGAAAGGGGUCUUUUGCACUCAGGACUGGUUGCACUCGUUGUGAUCCGAGAUCUUGCUCUAGUUGGUGGUGCGGUGUAUAUAAGGGCUAACCAUUUAGGUUCAAAGUCAAGGAGUUGGUCUGAGUUCUUCAAUCUUGAUGGGGUCCGCCCGCAGAAAGUCGAACCUUUAAUGAUCAGUAAGGUUAAUACGUGCUUCCAGCUAGCCUUGGUUACUGGGGCCCUUCUGCAACCCGAGUUUGGUACUCAGGAAACUGAAUCAUACAUUACAUACCUUAGCUGGUUAGUGGCUGCAACAACAGUGGGCUCGACUGUGGCUUACGGUACUCGACAUCUGAAGAGCGGAUCGAUUUUCAUUCGAAAGAAUUCAUAAUCUUUGAUACUGAAGCAAACAGAUGAAUUGGUACAUAGCAGAUGACUUCUUUCACCCACACACAGCUUGUCAACUACUUUUGGGACUUGUUUAGUAGGAAUAAGUGACUUCAAUCCUUAUAGGGGCAUUUCAGUUGGUUGUUAGUACAAAUGAUUAUACUACCAAAUUUGUUUGGAUCAUGAGUUUAUGAUAUAUGAUGAGGCUUUCUGAUUGCUGCUGCAAA